CUUAGAAAUAUCUUCUUCUUCUUCUUCUUCCUCUGUUCUUGAAAUGCGUGUUCAUCGUUUGUGUGUGAUCGUCAUCGUCCUCAUAGAGUUACUAUGCUUCUUCUGUUCCUCGGAAUCUCAAACCACUGUCACGUGCCAUUCACAUGACCUCGAGGCCUUACGUGACUUCAUAGCCAAUCUCGAACCAAAACCAGAUGGUUGGAUCAAUUCAUCUUCUUCUACAGAUUGCUGUAAUUGGACCGGAGUCACCUGCAAUACAAACAACACCACAAGGGUUACUAAAUUGGAGCUUGGGAACAAGAAGCUGUCUGGGAAGUUGUCUGAAUCUCUUGGGAAGUUAGAUGAGAUUAGGGUUCUUAAUCUCUCUCGGAACUUUAUCAGAGAUUCGAUCCCUCUUUCGAUUUUUAACUUGAAGAAUCUACAGACUCUUGAUUUGAGCUCUAAUGAUCUCUCCGGUGAAAUCUCAAGAAGUAUAAAUCUUCCAGCUCUGCAAAGUUUUGAUCUUUCUUCCAAUAAACUCAAUGGUUCGCUUCCUUCUCAUAUCUGCUAUAACUCUACUCAAAUUAGGGUUGUGAAACUUGCGGUGAACUACUUCGCCGGAGAUUUCACUCCUGGGUUUGGGAAAUGUGUUUUGCUUGAGCAUCUUUGUCUUGGUAUGAAUGAUCUCACUGGUAAUAUCCCUGAGGAUUUGUUUCAUCUUAAAAGUUUGAAUCUUUUAGGGAUUCAAGAGAAUCGUCUCUCUGGUUCGUUGAGUCGUGAGAUUAGGAAUCUCUCAAGUCUUGUUCGUCUUGAUGUUUCUUGGAAUUUGUUUUCCGGUGAAAUCCCUGAUGUGUUCGACGAAAUGCCUCGGUUGAAGUUUUUCUUAGGUCAGACCAAUGGAUUCAUUGGAGGAAUCCCGAAAACGUUGGCGAAUUCACCGAGUUUGAAUCUGCUUAACUUGAGGAACAACUCGUUAUCCGGUCCUUUGCGGUUGAAUUGCACGGCGAUGAUUGCUUUGAACUCUCUUGAUUUAGGUACUAAUAGAUUCAAUGGGCCGUUGCCUGAGAAUCUACCGGAUUGCAAGCGGUUAAAGAACGUUAAUCUUGCGCGGAACUCCUUCCAUGGACAAGUGCCAGAGAGUUUCAAGAACUUCCAGAGCCUAUCUUACUUCUCGUUAUCGAAUUCAAGUUUGGCUAAUAUCUCUUCUGCGCUUGGGAUACUUCAGCAUUGCAAGAACUUGACGACUUUGGUUCUUACAUUGAAUUUUCAUGGAGAGGCUUUACCGGAUGAUUCGAGUCUUCAUUUCGAGAAGCUUAAAGUGCUAGUUGUGGCGAAUUGCAGGCUUACUGGUUCAAUGCCGAGUUGGUUAAGCUCCAGCAAUGAGCUUCAGUUGUUGGAUCUUUCUUGGAACCGUUUAACCGGAGCUAUCCCGAGCUGGAUUGGUAGUUUCAAAGAUCUGUUCUACUUGGAUUUAUCUAACAACUCGUUUACCGGAGAAAUCCCCAAGAGCUUAACUCAGUUGCCGAGUCUCGCUAGCCGUAAUAUCUCAUUCAAUGAACCAUCACCAGAUUUCCCGUUUUUCAUGAAAAGGAACGAGAGCGCGAGAGCGUUGCAAUACAAUCAGAUAUUCGGGUUUCCGCCAACGAUUGAGCUCGGUCAUAACAAUCUCUCUGGACCAAUUUGGGAGGAGUUUGGUAAUCUAAAGAAGCUUCAUGUGUUUGAUCUUAAAUGGAAUAAGUUAUCAGGAUCCAUUCCUAGCUCGCUUUCGGGUAUGACGAGCUUGGAAGCUCUUGAUCUGUCUAAUAACCGUCUUUCGGGCUCGAUCCCGGCUUCUCUGCAAACGCUCUCGUUUCUGUCCAAGUUCAGUGUUGCUAAUAACAAUCUCUCGGGAGUAAUCCCUUCUGGUGGUCAGUUUCAGACAUUUCCAAACUCGAGCUUCGAGAGUAACAGUCUCUGUGGAGAACACAGGUUCCCCUGUUCUGAAGGUAGUAUGGAUGGUGGUUCUGACAGAACGUUGAUCAAACGGUCAAGAAGAAGCAAAGGAGCUGACAUUGGAAUGGCGAUUGGGAUCGCGUUUGGUUCGGUUUUCCUUCUCACUCUUCUCUUGUUGAUUGUGUUGCGUGCUCGUAGACGGUCAGGGGAAGUUGAUCCGGAGAUAGAAGAAUCCGAGAGCAUGAAUCGCAAAGAACUCGGAGAGAUUGGAUCUAAGCUUGUGGUUUUGUUUCAGAACAAUGAUAAAGAGCUCUCCUAUGAUGAUCUUUUGGACUCAACAAACAGUUUUGAUCAAGCUAACAUCAUUGGCUGCGGCGGUUUUGGUAUGGUUUACAAAGCAACUUUACCAGAUGGAAAGAAAGUUGCGAUCAAGAAGUUAUCCGGGGAUUGUGGUCAGAUCGAAAGAGAAUUCGAAGCAGAGGUUGAAACACUCUCAAGAGCACAGCAUCCGAACCUUGUUCUUCUUCGAGGAUUCUGUUUCUACAAAAACGACCGGCUUUUAAUCUAUUCGUAUAUGGAAAACGGAAGCUUAGACUAUUGGCUACACGAGCGUAACGACGGUCCAGCUUUAUUGAAAUGGAGAACUCGGCUUAGAAUCGCUCAAGGCGCUGCAAAAGGGUUACUUUACUUGCAUGAAGGUUGUGAUCCUCAUAUCUUACACCGCGAUAUUAAAUCGAGCAAUAUUCUUCUUGACGAGAAUUUCAACUCUCAUUUAGCGGAUUUCGGACUCGCGAGGCUGAUGAGUCCUUACGAGACACAUGUAAGUACAGAUUUGGUUGGGACUUUAGGUUACAUUCCUCCGGAAUAUGGGCAAGCCUCGGUUGCUACUUACAAAGGCGAUGUUUACAGUUUCGGAGUUGUGCUUCUGGAGCUUUUAACCGAUAAAAGACCGGUGGAUAUGUGUAAACCGAAAGGAUGUAGGGAUCUGAUCUCUUGGGUCGUCAAGAUGAAGCAUGAGAAUCGAGCAAGCGAGGUUUUCGAUCCGUUAAUAUACAGUAAAGAGAAUGAUAAAGAGAUGUUUCGGGUUCUCGAGAUUACUUGUUUAUGUUUAAGCGAAAACCCGAAACUGAGACCAACGACUCAACAGUUAGUCUCUUGGCUUGAUGAUGUCUAGAAGAAAGAAAAACAGUAUCUUCAGAGACAACAGUGAUACAUUUUGUAGGGAGUGAUUUUCAUACUUUUGGGAUACAAUGUAAAUAGUUUCCAGAGAAUAAUUUGUUUCUUCGUUUUUCUCAUUUUAAUCUCAAUAUAUGAUUCAGAUUCAG